AGAAACAUGAAGACUUUGUUCAGGAUGCAAUCAAAUUUCCUUAGUACUUUGGCUUUCAGAGAGAGAAAAUAAAAACCUCUGUUCCCGUUCCAAAAAAAUGAAGUCAGGAAAUCAAGCGUCAUGAGUUCAGAGACGGAUGUAAACAAAAGUGCCUCCCCGACUGCCGCUGCCAAGGAACAGCCAGAAGAACCUGAUGGCCCCCUUCCUGGCUCAGCCAGUGAGCAAGAAAAGAAAGUAAGAUUUUCUCCGGCCAAAAUGUCAACCAAGAAUUCUACAGAUCUAGUUGAAUAUGUUGACAAGGGUCAUUCUUUUCUUCCUGCCAUUCCAAACACCCAGAGAAGUCAGCUAGAAGACAGACUCAACAACCAGGACCGCACCAUAGCUUUCCUCCUUGAGCAAGCCUUCCGCAUCAAGGAGGACAUCUCUGCCUGUCUUCAGGGGACUCAUGGCUUUCGCAAGGAGGAGUCGCUUGCCAGGAAGCUCCUGGAAAACCACAUCCAGACCAUCACCAGCAUCGUCAAAAAACUCAGCCAGAACAUUGAGAUGAUAGAAGAACAAAUAAAAGCUCGGGAUCUGGUGGCCACAGGAACUAAUUUCGCAGUACAGGACCUCAGCAACAAACACCUUCAAGGAGUUGGAGAUCUUCGAGGAAGAGUAGCCAGAUGUGAUUCCAGCAUCAUGAAGCUUUCUGGAGAUAUUCACUUCAUCAGAAAUGAGCACCAGCAACUUGAAAAAACAAUUCAGGAGUUGAUGUCUUCCUUACAAACUGUUUCUAAGAACUUGGAUAUGAAGGUAAUGCAGCUCUUAGAAAAGAUAGAGGCUUCCAGUUCUGAGCAAAUCUCAAGUUUAAAGAUGGUCCAGGGGGAUUAUCGCCACGAAAUGAACCUUUUGGAGUUCAAAUUUAAUUCCCUUUCACUGAAUCUGUAUGAGGAAAUGGAGAACCAUCAAAAACGGACAGAAAACCAGGUCAUCAAAUACGAACAAGAGCAGCUCAGCCGUGCAAACCAGUGUCUGGCCCUCCUGCAGGAGAAGCUGGAUAUGUCUGAAAAAAACAUGGAAGAAAAAUUACUGAAGCUUUCAACCAAGUUAGAGAAUUUCAUUAACACAGAGAAGUAUGAAGCAGAUUUAAACAAAAUAAAGCAUACAGAAAAUAAACUGUCCAAGAAGAUGAGCCAACUGGAAAAGCACAUCUGGGAUGAAUUAGAGAAAAUGCAGGAUGAAUACCAAUCAGGAUUUAAAUCAAUUCAUGACUCUCUCAACUCCCUCCAACGAAUACAGAAAACAAAGAUGGAUUUAGAAAAAUAUAAAGUACAGAAAGACCUAAAGAAAUUGCAGCGUAAGAUAGCGGAACUCCAGGAAUCAUAAACUUUCCAGUCAUCGUCUUUUUCACCAGCCAGUGGAGUGGUUUCCUGGGAGAAGUUUGGGAAAAAAAUCAGUUUGAGAUGUUUACUGCUUCUAUUUCUUACCACCUUUCUAAGCUGAUGAAUGUACCAGAAAACCCAAUAAAGCAGGGAAUUUUA